UUACCAUGUGAUCCAAGACCACGCCCUGGUUGCGAUGGAAGCGUCGCUAUGCCACCGCCCUGCAGGACGAGUCGCGUUACUCUCUAACCAUUUGCUUUACGACAAUUAAUGUUGUGUGAAUGUGUCAUCAUGAAGUUAUCGGAGAUGAACACGUGUUUCGUUUCCUUCAAGUUUCUUUGCUACUUUUUUGUUGCGCUCCCUGGGCAUGAGAGACCAAAGCGAGAUUAAUUAGCAUGCAAGCUAGCAACUUGUAGCUUCCCUGCAACUACAUCUAACGUUACUUGUGACUGUGGGGUUGCUGACAUGGGCAAACUACAGAGCAAGUUCAGAAAGAGGUCACAACUGUACAGGGCGUCUCAGAGGGGUGCAGCAGAUAACUCGACUGACAGUCAAGUCUUGCAAUAUGAACUUGCUCAUCAGGGAUCCAUCAAUACUGUCACAAAUCUCAGCCCAGAUCUGUGUGUGUCCGGAGGGAGUGACCAGGCAGUGGUUGUGUACGACUGGAAACAAGGACGGAUGUGUCAGUCGUUCCAGGGUCACACCCGAGAGGUUACCAAGGUUCAGUGUUAUGCGGGUAGCACAUGGAUCUUCAGUGCCUCCCGGGAUAAGAGUGUGUUAAUGUGGGAUCUGGACCAAGGGGACGAACCCAUUCAGGAGUUCUGUGGUCAUGAAUUGGUGGUCAAUGGACUUGCUGUCAGCCCUGAAGGGAGGAAGCUGUGCAGUGGUUCCCGUGACAACUGGAUGUGUCUGUGGGACAUUGAAUCUGGCCAAUGUGAGCAAAGGCUCAACAUCUCCAGAAAUCUGGUGACUCAUGUGUGUUGGGUACCAGGAAGCUCGUCAUUAGUCCAGAGUUCAGAGGACAAAACUAUCAGGGUUUGGGACAGCCGUUCCUGGCAGGUGACCAACACAUUUCCAGCCAAACAAUACAUCCAGACCCACUGUGACGUUUGUCCCAACGGAAACUACCUGGUGUCCAGCAGCAACGGCUUCGGGGGCCAAGGGUGUGAGGCUACGCUGUGGGAUCUACGUCAGCCUGGGUGUAAGGUGGUGGAAUACAGGGGGCACAUCCAGACCACCGCCUGCUGUGUGUUUCUGCCUACUGGUCCCUCUGGCAUAUCCCGGGUGGCCACCUCCUCCCAUGACGGCUCCCUCAAAAUCUGGGAUCAGAACACUGCCGCCUGCAUGGGAACAUUGACGCUGGACGGCGCCGGCCCCCUGGUGUCUCUGGCUCCCAGCGACCCCAGCAGCCUACUGUGUGCCAGCUUCAACGCUGGGAUCCACUUCAUUCAGGUGGACGAGGUUUCGGGUCAGGGUUCUGGCCCUGGCGGUUCGGCAUUGGACAUAAAAGUAGUCGCUCGCUUUUAGUACAAACUCGCACCACCUGGUAGAAUGAUUUUUAAUGUUGAUUGUUUUUUUUAUUUGUCUUUGAAGGAUUUUUUGAUUUUUCAUGAAAGAAGUUUAAAUUACUGAUGGAGUUGUGACAAUUUGGCAGGUUGGUGGGAAGGAAAGCUAAUGCUUUGAACAUGACGUCCAUUUUGUUUUGCUCCAGUGUUUAUUCGAAGCCGUUAAUCUCUUGCUGCCAAUUUUAAAUUUGGUUUGGCCAAUUUGGUUUCUUAAUGUGAACUAUAGGGGAAGUUGCAACUUCGGGAUUUGAGUGGCAAGUACAAGGGAGUCGCCAAUCAAUAUUAUUUAUGGUCGUAAUGUCAUGUUCGAUGACUUGGAUUUAGUUAUGUAAUCUCACGAAAACGAGGAUAAGCCAACACGCUAAACAGUAUAUUUCAUGUAGUCAUCAUGAAAGCCUGUAGCCCCCACUGCCAUUUCAUCACAGAUGUGAAAUCUGUAGUUUCAUCAGCACAUAUCAACGCACACAUUUUCCAUAGAUUUACAAUGGUUAGAAUAUGGGUUUUUGGUGAAUCUCAGAAACAUUCUUCUUGUUAAUGUUAAUGUUUAAUGAAAAAGAAAAAGAUAUUUCAGUAAAUUUAGGGUAAAUGUAUUAAAAUCCUUAACAUUCAGAGAGAAGGGACCUCGAUGAAGUAAUAUCCAUUUGCUACACAGGUUUAGUGGUUAACUGAUUAGAGAGAGGGAAGGAUAUCCGUUUCUGUUAAAUGUUUCAUACAUUGCUUGGUCACAUAACUUGUAGAAAAACAUCAACACUGUCUGUGUUGUUUUCCUCCUCUUCUUAUUCUUGCCCAAGGGACCAAUAACUGACAGCUCACGUGAAGGAAAAAUCAGAAAUUGCAUUUUUGUAGUAGGAGGGACUGGAGCAGAACAGAUGCUGGCCAAUGAUAACUGGCAUCCUCUCCUAGUCUAAUGCCAUAGUUAUCGUACACAUUGUGUAGACCAACAGAAAGCACUCUACAUAUUAGUCCUAGUAAAGUAUUCAACUCUCUGACUUGGAUUCUGUGUGCUGAGAACUGUGCAAGCACUACUAGCCAUCUGAAUGUGCUUCUAUGUGUUUUUGGUAGAACAAUCUCAACUUCUUCAAAAAUGUACUAAGUUAUAAUGUACUCCUAAUGUGCAUUAGGGCUACAUUGUAACUGCUAUGAGUGAUGUAUUUCUGGAUGCGUGUGGACACAAUUUUUGACUGUGUCAGAGGGCAUCAAUUAGCACUGUGUGUACUGACCUUUUAGGGUUAUGGUUGUAAUGUUUUAAACUAGACAAUGUGCAAUGAUAAUCAAGAGAUCUAUAUUAACGAGCAGGAUGUAAUCCUAGUUAGUUGUAUUUAUGUAUAGAGUCUACUUGUAAUAUAAGACUAUUUUUCUAAAAUAUCUUGCUCAGGAAAUGUCUCGUCUACGUGUAAAUCAGCAUUUGAUACAAAAAUAAACGUUUUUAUGAUUUUUAAAACUUA